UAUACUACCGCCUGCCCUUCUCUUACUCACAACAUGUUCUUUUCAGAGACUCACUCAAAUCCCAAUCCGGGAAUCUUCUUUGUGACCACUGUCCUCGGUUUCAUCAUGGGACACUGCAUUUUCCUUUUUCUCAUUAUCCUGGUGAUUCAUCAGUGCAGAAAGAGGAGAGUGUUCCAAGAGGAAGAAUCGAUGAAGAAGAUACUCCUGAAUGAGGAAGAGGAGUCUGGAAUCUUUCUCAGAUGCCGAUGUUCUCUGCGCAAUGCUUCCCGUAAGGAUAAAGACAGUAUUAAGGUGAAGAUGAACCAUCUGGGAGGGGCAAGAAGUCUCCUUCAGACCCCUGGGAGAGAAGCUCCAAGAAAAGAGACAACUGGUGGGAGAGAAGACAGCUCAAUUCUGGUGGAAAUUGUAGGAGAGAGGACCCGGGAAGUCUGCCCAGUGACACCAGUUUGAGGUGACCAUAUCUGUGAGGUGUCUUGACAUCCCUGUUACAGAAAGAUGCUUCAGUGUCAUUAUUUGUACUUAGGAGAAUGUGAUAAUAAAGAUUUUGAGCAUCUCAGAAA